AUGUUUCAAGAGGAUUUCUCUUGGACGAAUGAUUUUUUCUGUAACAAGAGAGCAGCUAUUUAUUUGAAAAACCUUUUAUUUGCUUUCUAUUUUAUUCUUUCUGAUUUACCGUCAUUUCUCUUUGAUUUCUCCCUCUCUCCCCACUCUCUUUCUCUCUCUCUCUCUUUCUUUCCAUUGUCGCGCGUUUUUUUUUCUUUCUUUAAAUUUCCAUUCUUACUCCUUCUCCUUUAUCCCCACAUCUCUCACCCCAUUCAAUUUGCUCUAAUCUCUCAUCGCCUCUCCUUUCAAAUCUCUUCAGUUGCUUCUCACACAUUCUCUUUCUCUGUUUUCUCGACCCUCUUUCAUUCCCAGUCUUUCUCUUCUCUCAGUUCUCCACUACUCUUCCCCAAUUAUAUCUCGUUCUCACGCUCUCUCUUUUCCUUUAAGUCUUCCCCAUUCUUUUUUUUUUUUAUCAGUUCUCUAUUAUUCUCCCAUUUCUUUUUCCCGUUAACCAUCUCUCUUUUCUCACAAAAUUUCAUCCUUAUUCUCACUUUCUCUUUUCCUUUCAAUUUCCUCUCGGGCUCAUUCUUUCAGCAAUGCCCACUUAUUCUCGAUCACUUUUCCUUCAAUUUUAUCUCAUUUACUUCCCUUGUCUUUCUUAUUUAUGAAAUAAAUAAAUAA